UUAGGGUUAGUUGCACUUGCUCCUUAGCAACGGUAUCCAAUGACAUGUUGUUCGUUACUAUAGCAACGACGUGAAACGACCAUCUAGGCUGUCGCGCAACACCAAUGCUCUUUAGAUUCCGCAACAGGCCGUGAAACGUCACCAACUUUUUCAAACUAUGGCUGUUUGCCACGUCUUCGCCUAUUGCACCAUUGCUUCCCUUCUCAAGAGCAACUGGCCGGUGAAUGCGCUUAAUUCGUCUGUAGCACGUGCCUGAAUCGCCCAGCCCCCAAAGGUGUUCGGAAUCGUGCGAAAAUCGACAAUCGGCCGCGCCUGCGGAGCGACCCUGGCCGUGCACUUAGCCCACGGCCAUAAACAAACGUGAGAACGCAUUGCUCUGCCAUCCGCGGUCGGCAGCUUCGUUACCAAUGUAUUCAGAGGCCAACGGCAUCGUUGUCUGUGCGGCAAUGGUGUGUGUCACCUGGCUGGCCAUUGUGCCACGCCCCUCGCGUCACACGCGUCUGAAUGGCGUCGUUUACGCGGCCACCACCGGGUGUGGAGCGUCCAUCGAGGGCCGCCCGGGGGGUGUGGCCAGCGUCUGUCAUUGGUCCGCCGCGCGGGAGCGGCUCCCUGCGCCCCCGACCGGGGGCCGGGGAUAGAGACUGGCCGCGGCCCGCCAGAGGAGCGCUCUGUUAGUGGACAGCCGGCGGAGAGGGCGAGUCGCACACCGGGGUACACCGAGCAUCUCACAGAGUCCGGGGCUGCCGUUCCAAACCAUUCACUUCUGCCAGACAUCCCACAGCUUCCACCUAGGCACACGAGUCGGAGCGCAGCCUCCUCGACAAUCAGCUCCUGUUAGUCUGUUCGGCCGCUGGUCGGUCGCUCCGUCCGCCGUCCGCCCAGCACGAGAUGUCGCUCCUGCUGUGUCAGCUGGUGCUGGGUCUGCUGGCGGCGCUGGCCGGCCGCUGCUGGAGCCGGCAGCUGGUCAGCCCGCCCCCAGACUGCAUCACCGACAUCGCCCGCCGACUCGGCUGGCAGACCAUCAACCUCAAGUAUGAAGCCAACUACCCAGAAUUUAACCCCAUGUGGUGGGUUUCGUACCUUUCCCGGAACUCCUUCUUCGUGCACCCAUCUACAUUCUGCGAGCACUGUAAUCAAGCGCAGGGCUUGCCGCCCUUCAGCAACGGAGGUCUGCUCUUCCGACCAACGCCACCCGGCUUCUUAAACAUCGAUCGCCUGCACCUGAUACACGUGGUGGGCGACCCGGCCUGGCGUCCUCAGGACGGCGCGGCCGGCUGGGUCAGCUGGCUGUACCGGGACGACAGCGAGCAUUGGCGGCUGGUCACCCUCAACUGGGGACCCGACACCGGCAACUGGGUCCGCAAGGACGUCGGUCGCUGCGGCCCCCACCACUUCAUCGAGGACCGGCCGGGCCUGCUGACGUACGCCAUUCACGUCGGCGACUGGCUGCUGCGCGGAGCCAUGAGGGGACAGCACUUGAAGAUGGGGUUCGGCGCAGUGCCGCCUUCCAACGAAGAAGAAGGAGUGAAGAGGUCCGUCGGCUACGAGGAUGGAAUCGUGCUGCGUGACGGCCAGCUGCAGCACGGCCCGCAGGCGGACAUCAUCCAGACAAUGUCCAACUCGCUCGGAUUCAGCUUCACCGUCAUUCCCGUCUUCCCGAAGGGAAACACGUCCGUGUGGAAGGAGCUGGUCAACGAGGUGUCUCACUAUCGGUUGGACAUCGGCCUCGGCCUGAUGGCGCCGACGCCUCAGCUGCGCGAAAGGGUAUCGUUCCUCGAAGCGCAGUGGUUCGUCACCACGUACGCGACAGUGCGCAAGCCGCGGCUCAACAGCGCUGGUUUCGACCCGGGCAAGCCGUUCGGCAUGGACGUGUGGACGCUCAUUGUCGCCACGCUGGUCAUCUCCAGCAUCCUGUCGUGGAUCAUCACUUGGCUCGUUCGUCGCUUUCGAGAUGGCCACUCAACGACACCUUGGAAAUCGCUCCCGGAUGUCAGUUCUCACGUGCUUCAGGUUGCAGGCAUUCUUUGCCAGCGAGGCGUCGAGCUCACGACCAACUCCUAUGCCAUCGGCACUCUGUUUCUGACGUUAAGUAUGUUUUCGCUCCUCAUCUACAACUUUUACACGGGGGUCAUGCUGAGCUACAUGGCCGUUCUAGUACCCGCGUCGCCCUUCUCGAGUCUCUCUGCUGCUACUUCCAACGGUUAUCGAGUUCGUUACCAAGCCGGCUCGCAGCAAGAAGACCUGCUGCGCUCAAACUCUACCGCCCUUCUGCGGGAUUUUCUGGCGCACAGCAGCCCCAUCGUUCACUUCGGCCCAGAGGAGGACUACCCGGCUGUUGCGGAGGCGGCCACUUCGCCCAACGACAUCAUUCUAGCAUCGGACGCCUUUCUGGCCAUGGACGAAUCGAUGGCAGACCCUGCUUUCUGUCCGCUCUGCUAUUGGCCGGAGCCGGUGGCGCAAACUCCUGUAAGCAUGAUCGCCACUCCGCACCUACACAACUCAUGGAUGCUGGGCCGCUACCUGCGAGUCCUGCAGGAAACCGGCGUGCUGAGCCGGUGGCGGCGCCGGCUGAGGCGCUCCUAUCUGGCCGGCUCGCGGCUGUGCUCCACGGAGCCGCAGGCGGCGCAGUACUCGCAGCUGGGGCUUCGGUCGGUGGCCGUCAGCUUCGGCCUGCUGCUGGGCGGUGUGCUGCUCUCGCUGCUGCUGCUCGUGGCCGAGGUGCUCGUGCACCGACUGACGGGUGGCAGCUCCCGCCGGCGACAGCUGGCGCUCACCGGGCCGCACCAGACGACCUUCGGCAGCACGAGACCGGGACCUCUGGAGGCAGCGCCGACUCCCGACGACGCUCGGCGAUGGGGCGCGACAAACGGUCACCCUGAUCAGUGGCACCAGAUGCAGGAUGAACAACAGCUGCUGCAGCAGUACUCGCCCGAUCAAUGGUCGAGCGCCAGAGGGCAGCCGCUGGCUCAUCAGUGGCAGCCGGUCACAUCAGAAACCGAGUCGGUUACUUGGCAGCUGACCUGGACAACAACAAGGACGACGGCAUCGGACAGUCCGGAGGGAGGCAGCGGCGGAUUCAUGACGAGUCCCGGCAGCACGACGACCGGGUCAUAAAGUCAUCAAGGCGGGCGCCAGCACACAGAUAUAUAGCUCCCUAUACAUCCCGCGACUGAUAAGCAGAAGCAUAGACCUAUGUAUACCGCACACAGUAUACAGAUUACAGAGGAAUACAGGGGUCUAUGGCAGUCUGACUACGGAAUUUAACCCUCAUUAAUAUCAAGAAGGCAUUCAUGUUGAAAGCUGCUCAGGUUUACGGUUAGAUACUGCAGCUUUCCUAGAAAAUAUUUUUCUUGUAAAUUCUUUGUAAAGAACCGUGUCUAGUUAAUAGGUGACCGCUUGCCUAUUCGAUGAGCGUUAAGCUACAAGUUCGAGUACGUAGUAUAGUGCAGUGCAUACGCUACUUAGCACAUACCUACUCAACGUCUUUAUCUGCAACCUUUUAUUAUAAAUCCAGGCAGAUAUUGCAAAGAUGAUCAAUGGACUCUCGGGAGACGUGUUGUCCCAAUGAUGGUAGAAAAUGCUUUUCAUGUGCUUCGAAGAUGGUAAAUAUGCUACGAUGCUUAGAAAUUGCAAUGCAUAUUGACAAGUCAGCACAACUGCACAUUAUAGGCAUGCAAGUGGCUGGUGUUGUGUCAAAAUGUGAAUAAAUACAACUCGCCCACC